UCCGUAUGUCAAACUUCUGCUUGAUGCCAUGAAGCACUCAGUGCGGUUAACAAAGAAAGACACUUCUCUUGUGAAGACUGUGAUGGAAAUGUCAGUGGAGGUUUUGAUGCUUCAACGUCUCAGGGUCCUGCUCAGUGUGCUGUUGGCUUUUUGCACUUCUUUCUGAAGGUCUUUCUGAGGAGUUUUCCUGGCAAUUCUAGUAGAAUGAGACAGUGGUGGUCAUUCAUUGUUGAUUCAUUGCUCACUCAGAAACUUGAUAAGAAGCAGUUUACAUAUAUUCUCAUUUAAUUCUCACAAUUCUAUGAGGUAGGUACCCUAACGAUCUCCUUUUGAUAGUUGAGGAAACUGAGGCACAGAGCAGUUAAGACUCGCCCAAGGUCACCAAGUUAGGAAGGAGUGGAGCUGCAGUUUGAAUCUGUCAGCUGCAUUCCAAAGCCCACUCCCCCAAUACAGUGCGGUGGAGUCCACCAGCUCACCGAGGAUGGCGGUUAAGUGCUGUUGUAGUUCAGGGAGAAGAGGGAGAAGUCGGCCACUGGGAAGGCUUAGCAGAACAGGUACCUUAGGGCCAGGCCUUGAUGACGGGGUAGAUGUGGGGUUGAGGGAGUAGCACGGGUGGAGGCUCUCCCAAGCUGGUGAGCCAUCUCAGCCAGAGACAAGAUGGGAUUUACAAAAAGCGGGUCAGUGGUAUAAGUAAUGGAACUUCUCUUAUUUUGGUGACUCCUAGAUAGUUUUAUGCCAGAACAACAUCGGUAAUCAGGCCCAUAUGAACAGAGUGGUCACCCACGAGCUCAUUCACGCGUUUGACCACUGUCGUGCUCAUGUCCACUGGUUCACCGAUGUCAGACACUUGGCCUGCUCAGAGGUUCGAGCUGCUAACCUUAGUGGAGACUGCUCGCUUGUGAAUGAAAUAUUCAGGUUGCAUUUUGGAUUAAAACAACACCAUCAGACUUGUGUGCGAGACAGAGCCAUUCUUUCUAUCCUGGCUGUUAGGAAUGUCAGCAAAGAAGUAGCUCGAAAGGCUGUUGAUGAAGUUUUUGAGUCUUGUUUCAAUGACCAUGAACCUUUUGGAAGGAUCCCGCAUAACAAGACUUAUGCGAGGUAUGCUCAUAGAGACUUUCAAAACCGUGAUCGGUAUUACUCAAAUAUAUGAAGACAAUGACAUUUCACAUUAUGGCACUUCCGUGAUCAUGAAGAAAAUAUGGUUCUCAAGUGGACAAACCUAUGAAGCGUAAAUGAUCAAUUAUAUACAGAUAAAACACAGAAGAUGCUGAUUCUAGCGUACGUUCAGAAAAAGUAGCUGUGGUAAAAGUGAAACUGCCUUCAACUCCAAGGCAACCAUUGUAACUUUACAGUUAACCGUUUGGUCAUUAAGGCAAAUAAAUUACAGUUUUGUAUUUUC